AUGCGGGCACUUGUGGCCGUCAAGCGAGUCGUGGACUAUGCGGUGAAGGUCCGCGUCAAGCCGGACAAGACCGGAAUAGAUUUGAACAACGUGAAGAUGUCCAUGAACCCGUUUUGUGAGAUAGCGGUCGAGGAGGGACUGAGGCUAAAAGAGAAGGGGCACAUAUCUGAGCUGAUUGCCGUCUCCUGCGGCCCUGACAAGGCCUCCGAAACGCUGCGACAAGCUUUGGCGAUGGGUGCUGACCGGGCCGUCCAUUUGAAAACGGACAUGCGGACGGACCAGGAGCUCCAGCCGUUGGCUGUAGCCAAGCUCCUAGCGAAAAUCGUGGAGAAGGAAACUCCGAGCGUAGUUCUUCUUGGCAAGCAGGCCAUCGAUGACGACAGCAACCAGACCGGCUCCCUUUUAGCAGGCCUUCUAAAGUGGCCACAGGCGGGCUGUGCCUCCAAAGUGGAGGUGGACGGGGGGAAGACUGCCCUCACCGUGGCCCGAGAGGUGGAUGCAGGUAUCCAGGAGGUCAAGGUCCCUUUGCCUGCCGUUGUCACGGCGGACCUUCGCCUCAACGAGCCACGCCAAUGCCCUACAGUAGGAGCGGAUCGUCUCGCCCUUUCGCAUUUUCUUGUAGCAACCUCUGCGGGCGAAGCGCCAGGCUAUGCCACGCUCCCCAACCUGAUGAAGGCCAAGAAGAAGCCCAUGGAGGCCACCCGGUACAGAUAA